AUGGAAAAGGAGAAGGACAAAGCUAGCGAAGCUCGUCUUGUGCAGGUACGGAAUGAGCUUGAUGACUUGAGGGACAAGCUUCAGCCUCUUACAACGAAAUACAAGAACGAGAAGAAGAUAAUUGAUGAGGUUCGGAGGCUAAAACAGAAACGAGAAGAGCUCACAUUUGCUCUACAGGAGGCUGAGAGGCGAUAUGACCUUCCUAGAGCAGCUGAUCUAAGAUAUGGGGCAAUUGAGGAAGUAGAUUCUGCAAUUGCAAAGCUAGAAGAGAGCUCCAAAGAGAAUGUGAUGCUUACAGAAACCGUUGGACCAGAGCACAUUGCUGAAGUAGUGAGCCGAUGGACUGGGAUUCCAGUGACUAGACUUGACCAGAACGAGAAGGAGAGGCUAAUUUCUCUUGCUGAUAGGUUGAGCCAGAGGGUUGUUGGACAAGACCAAGCGGUGAAGGUUGUGGCUGAAGCAAUUCUAAGGUCGAUGGCCGGACUAGGAAGGCCACAACAGCCCACUGGCUCCUUCCUCUUCCUCGGUCCAACUGGUGUCGGCAAAACUGAGCUAGCUAGGGCUCUUGCUGAGCAACUCUUUGACGAUGAAAAACUACUCGUUAGGCUUGAUAUGUCAGAGUAUAUGGAAAAACACUCGGUUACUCGACUCAUCGGGGCACCACCUGGGUACACUGGUCAUGAAGAAGGUGGACAACUAACUGAAGCUGUGAGGAGACGACCUUACUGCGUUGUCCUAUUCGACGAAGUUGACAAGGCCCAUGUUUCCGUAUUCAACACGCUACUUCAAGUGCUAGAAGAUGGGAGGUUAACAGAUUCGCAUGGGAGGACAAGCGAUUUCACAAACCCUGUGAUCAUAAUGACUUCAAACCUUGGCGCUGAGCACCUUCUUUCAGGGAUUUCAGGUAAAGUGACAAUGCAAGAGGCUCGGGACCGCGCGAUGCAAGAAGUGAAAAAACAUUUCAGGCCAGAGCUGCUAAACAGAUUGGAUGAGAUAUUAGUGUUUGAUCCUCUGUCGCAAGAGCACUUGAGGAAAGUGGUUCAACUCCAGAUGAAGAAUGUAGCUUUCCGGCUUUCUGAGAAAGGUGUAGAUUUGUCUGUCUCAAAUGCUGCAUUGGACUACGUUUUAGCAGCGAGUUACGACCCGGUGUACGGUGCUAGGCCCAUUAGGAGAUGGCUGGAGAGGAAAGUGGUCACUGAGCUGUCGAAGAUGAUUGUGCGAGAAGAAAUUGAUGACAACUCUGCAGUGUAUAUUGAUGUAAAUGCGACUAAAACUGAUCUUGUCUACCGAAUAGAUAAGAACGGAGGGUUAGUGGAUGAGAAUGAUAAGACAGAGCAAAAUUCAGAUAUGGUGAUUCUUUUUGCGAAUAAGAAGAGAAAAAAUGAUGAAUGUCUAACACAUCAUGAAGAAGUUAAA